GUCCACCAUUGCUUUGCUGCCGUCCGCAUAAAAUGUCCAGUUUUUAUCCGUCAAGUCUUUGCAAUCUCACCCGCAACCUCUGCCUCUUUUUCUAUUCAUACACGGGAUGUCCAACUCCGAAACGCAGUCGAGUGAUCACACCUACUCUAAUCUCUCGCUUGAAGAGCUACUCGACCUAUUUGAUUGCCACUACGGACUAGCCGACACUUUCCCCAGGGAUGCAGCGCUGGUGCUGAAAGAAACCAGGAAUACUUUCAUAGGGCAGUAUAGCAGACCAGAUGCUGACGCAUUUAAGCAAGCUUGCCUCACGCUGUCUAAUUUCAUCCAUACUAAACCAUUUCUGACUCAAGAUGAAAAAGAAGAGCUCGUCAACGUCCUUUGGCUUGCCGACGGAGUGUAUGAGAGCUACCUUCUCUUGGAUCUCGUUCUACACACAAAUUAUAAAAGCAUGGACUUCCGUCUCUUGCUCUAUUGCCUCGUCUACGAAGUGUUGUGCGAAUCCUAUUUGCAAACUCCGAUAGAAGGAACGCUCAAAGGGCGUUUGGAAGAUCUCGCGAGUCGUAUGAUGACCCGGAUUGAGGAAAUUUGGAGGUGGGAGCGAGAAGAGGGGCUGUCAUUCCUGGAUGAUUUCGAAUGGAACCUACCAUGGCCACAGGAUCAAGCCUCGAAUUCCACUGAAUUGUGGCCCGUCUCUUCCGUUGAACCUGCACUCGAACAAUUAUCUCCCGCAACGCAAAACGUGGCGCAAAGACGGCAAUCACUCGUGUCAGCUCCUCCUCCGCCAGCGACUCGCGCACGACCCAGGCCUCUCUCAGCAUCGCAGUCGUUACCUACCCUGGAAUCAGCCUCGGAGCCUGCUAAACGCCGAGUUGCAUCGUUGAAACGUUCUUUGUCAAUGUCAGGGGCGCGUGCGGGAAGUGCUCCCCAAAAUCUCACCACUAUCGGGACACUGCCUACGCUCGCAGAGGAGGAGUAAAAGCAAGGGUCGCGUCCAGCAUUCGCAGCGACGAGUCGGAUAUGGAUAUAUCAUCCACUAGCUUUUUGACGUGGUCAUUGUAUUCUAAAUUCUGCUACUAUGCACGUAUGCAACUAUGCAAAUUAUGCACUAUGCUUCAUGAACACUAUUUUUCUUCGUUCAUUUUUCCUGAGCGUGCAACACUUGAAAGUCCUAACUUAUAAGUUGUAAGUGC